GCGACGACAAUCGCGCGCGUACCGUCGUCGUACACACACGCACGCAUUCAAUCGCUCGGUCGAUUUACGCACCGAUCGCCGUAUCCGAUAUCCGUUGUCGGCCUGUGACGACGAUAUACGCGACUAAAAUAAUAAUAAAUAAUAACAGCUGGCGGAUAAUAAUACUAUAAAAAAAAAAAAAUCAACGUUGACGCGGAGUAGUGCGUACUAUUAAUAAUAUAUUAAAAAUUAAUAAACAUCGUGCCGGCAACACGUGCAGCGAGUGUAUAGGUAGGCGCCUCUACGACUGCAAUAAAACACACGACGCACGACUUCGGGUGUCGGAGUAACGGAUUUUUCGUUCGUUUCCGAUCACACACACACACACGGCACCGCGAAACGUUUCGGUUUCCGUCACACACUUCCGUCGGUUUCGGCGCGGAUAUCCGCGACUGUUGCACCGACCGCGGCAUGUCCGAGUCCCCGCGCAUCGACGUGAUCGGCAACGACGACGACGACGAGCUGUGCUGCAACAACGACCGGGGAUCGGCCACCGGCGCCGUCAGUAACGGCCCGAUAACGGCAGCCUGCAAGACGAUGAUGAUGGCCACUGCUGCGGCUGCAGCUGCCAUGACGGCUGGCAGCGGAGGUGGUGGCGGCGGCGGCGGCGGUGGCGGCGGCGGUGGUCGCGAAUCGCCGGCCGUCAAGUCAGCCGCACCGCCGUACACGUCGUUCUCCAUUUCGAGCAUACUCAGCAAGGACAAGCCCGGCGGCACCGGAAAACAACACUGCAGAUCCGCGGGCGCCGCCGUGUCACCGGCCACUGCGGCGGCCGCGGCGGCUGCAGCGGCCACGUUUGACGUCACCGCGCAUCUGGCGGCCGCAGCCGACCACGCGAUGUUAUCCAGGCUGGGCUUGAUGAGCCACUUUGGAGCACUGGCUGCAGCAGCUUCGGGCCGGAGUCCGUUCAUGCUGUAUCCGGGCGUAGGCAUCGCGGGCACUACGGCCAGCGCACUGGACAAGCACUGGUACUCCGCGUGGUCGCAGCCUUUGUCGGCCGCCAUCAGUCCUACCGGCGGUUCGAGCUCGGCGAACGAAGAAAACAGCCGUCCCAGCACUCCGCACAGCGUGGGCGUCAACACUGGCGGCACGUCGUCGCUGGCUGGCCACAGCCCGGACGGAUGGUCGACCGGCGAGGACGGCGGUGGCCGCGGCCCCGGGUCGCCGAACAACCAGCGGCGGUUCGCGGGCAACUGCGGCGGAACCGGCGGCGGCCGUUACAUGGACCAGUCGGUGAACGUGGCCGUUUCCAUGGACGACGACGACGACAUGGCGGACGACGGUGCCGACGACGAGGACGCCGGUAAAAAGGACCACGGCGGUUGCGGCGGUGGCGGUGGUGGCGGAGGCGGCGGUGCGGGCGGCAAGCGGAAGAAGAAGACCCGGACGGUGUUCUCGCGGAGCCAAGUGUUCCAGCUCGAGUCCACGUUCGACAUCAAGCGGUACCUGUCCAGCUCGGAGAGGGCCGGGCUGGCCGCGUCCCUGCACCUGACCGAGACCCAAGUGAAGAUCUGGUUCCAGAACAGGCGGAACAAGUGGAAGCGUCAGGUGGCGGCCGAGAUCGAGGCGGCCAACAUGGCGCACGCCGCUCAGCGCCUGGUCCGCGUGCCCAUCCUGUACCACGAGUCCAGCCAGCAGUCGGCCGGCCACCAUCACCAUCAUCACCAUCACGGCGGCAUAGCCACCUCGGUGGCCGCGGUCGGCGGUGGCGGCGGCGUAGUGAGCAGCGGUAGCGGCGGCGGCGGCGGCGGCGGCAGCGGUGCCCCGACGCCGCCGCACUCGUCCGCGUCCACGCAGGCGUCCGCGUACCAGCCGCAGCAGCCGCCGCCCCCGCCGCCGUCGCUGUUCUAUCACCAUCAGCCGCCGCAGCACCACCACGCCGUCAGCACGUCCACCAUCACGCACACCAUGUCCACCAGCCCCAACGCUGUGUCCAGGGCGCCACUCACCGGACUCGUCUAAUGACACGACCGUAGACAUAUGCAUUACGACUCGCCGCCGCUUUCCACGCAUCACCUGUAAUCGUCUCGCUAUGUCGCGCAUGUCCGAAACGGCCGAGCGAAACGCCAAUCGGCCGCGGUAUGCCCGGGCGAGACGUGCCAUUGUAGACGGAGGAAAUAAAUGGUUUUUGAAAAAAAAUAGAGUUUGGAAAUCGCCGGUGUGCGUCUGUUUAGUAAUAUCGUAAUUCUUCGUUUCCGACCUCUUCUCGCGUACAUUUCGUUCGCAAUAUUAUCGUGUUGUACCUACACCUGCAUAAAUAAGGAGUCGACUGUACUCGCCGUAGGACCGCCUCUCGAUAUGAUAUUUCAUGAUGUGAUUCGUCGCGACGAAAUUGUUAAUCGUUAUAUCGUAUAUUAUUAUUACUAUUAUCGUCACGGUAUUUAGUUGUUUAAAAAGUAUUAUUUUUUUUUUCUCUAAUUCAACUAUUGUAAAUAACGGGUGUGUACAAUUAUUAUUACCGUUUGCGAUCUUGUCAUUAUUGUAUUGUAUCAGUAAUUUAUGUACCUAAUAUUUUUUUUUUUUUUGUAAAAGCCGCCGAAAUCCGGAACGGAAAACCCGCAGCAGUUAUCCGUGUGGACGUUAUCGCCGUCGUCGUGUACAUAAAUAAAAUUAUAACGUUUUUUCUAGAAUAGUGACAUCUUAUUUAUUUUAUAUAGACUAAGAUACAGCGUGUAGAUAUUAUUAUUAUUAUUAUCAUUAUUAUUAUUAUCAUA